UACAACACACAAGAUUUCUAGUAAUUCACUAGAUCGCAUGCGAAUUGUUGCAACAAGUUGCAUAGUCUGAUGCUGGUUUUAUCAGAGAAUUUAUUCUAAAUGAAGAGAAUUCUGUUGUUUACAUUAACCAACAUUAACUAAUCACACAUCACUGAAGAAUAUACAUCAAUGAUCAUAUUAUCUAUAUAAGUGUUGUAUCAAAUUAUGUAAAUUUCUUACGGAUAUUUUAAAGUCACAAUAUUAAUAAUGUCCAAAAAGAUAGGACUUGGUCAAAAACGUACUCAAUCUACAAUUGUGGGAUUUUUAGCUAAAAAGACAGAUAAAAAUAAUAUUCUGCAGUCUAGUACACCAAAAUCAAUAAAAGAAGAAAAUACUGAUUUAAGUAAUGAAUCAUUGAAUGAUUCAUAUUUUGAUAAACAAAGAAAAAUACCUGGAGAUUUGGUAACAAUAGAUGCAAUAAUAAAUCUUGAUAAUUCAGACAGUUCAGACUUGUGUGACAGUCCCUUGAAAACAGAAAUAAGUAAAGUUCAGAAUAUUUCAGAACCAUAUUAUGUUGAAAAUUCAAUAGAAGAAAAAGAAAGAAUUGAGAGAGAAAAAUCCAAAUCUUCAAAUCCUUCACAGAAUACUAAUUUUGAAAAGAAAGAUGCUGAUUUUAUAAAAGAUUUAGUUAUUCCUGAGUCUUCUGACAGUGAAGAAGAUAAAAAAAAUUUUAGAAGAUGCUUACGUUUAAAUCGUAAAUCGAAUGAAACAUUAAUAAAAGAAAAGAAGCAAACUGCUGUAUCAAAAACUAAUUUUACUGACAAUGAGUGUGAUAGUGAAUAUUUUGCUUCUAGCAGCACAAGAUCAUUAGAUAAAAAUGAAACACUCAAUGAUACCAUUAAUGCAGUGGAAAAAAACAUUAAUGAGCGUUUACAGACUCCUAAAAAACAUAAUAAACAAAAAAAUUCUUUAAUUUCGGACUCUGAUGCCGAUAGUCCUCGUUCAACACACAAUAGUAAGCGAUCACCAAGAAAAGAAUGGGUAGGCCCUGAUAUUAGAUUAAAUUUGAAAGACUUGGGUUUAAAUAAGCAGUUAGGUUCAUGGAUUGAAUCCAUUCAAAAGAAACCAGCAAUGUCCAUAGUGCCUACUACAAAGGACAAGUUGUUAGAAAGACGGGAAAAUUUAAAAGAUCUUCAAAUUGAAGUUCUUGACAAGUUUUGUGUCGCACUUGAAUUGAUUCCACUACCAGUACUGGAGCAAUUUCCAAAAUUUGAUCCGGAUUCUUUAAAAAAAUUACAAGGCCUGCAUCGACACGUAAAAGCUAAAUUGCGUUUAGUGCAAACAAAAUUAUCAAAAUUGCAAAAUGAAGAUGAAAACAUAUCGGAAUUGGAUCUUUCUGAAUCUCUGUCAUCAAAAUCAAUCGAAACACCAACUUCACAUACGUAUGAGAGUAGUCUGAUGAGUAAUUAUGAAAAUUAUAACAUGCCGAGUACCUCUGCAUCGAAAAUGAUAGAUUUUUCUCAUGACUCAUUCAAUGUAACAGAGUCGUACACGAAAGAACACAAUAGCAAUACAGAAUCUCCAUCAAUAAACAGAUCACCCGAACUUAAAGUUGCACAUAAGAAGAGUACUUUUCAGUUAAAGAGACCUGUCAAGACAGUGCUAGGAAGUCAAGUUUCUAAAGCGAUAGCAGAAAUGUGGGAAAAGGAUCAACAAGUGUCUAAGACAGUGAACUCUUCAACGAAUUCUGAAUAUGUUCCUAAACCUGUGAAAAAUACAUUUAACGAUACUAUGAAAACACCACCGAGAGAAAAAAGUAUAUCUUUGCAAAGAAACACCCUCCAGGACAGUCCAGAAAACUGGAUUGGUACUAAUAAAUCUCAAGACAAUUGUCAGACAUUUCCAGCAAAAGCUAGAACAUUAUCACAAGAGAUAGAACAAUUUCCAGCUUUGGGAGCAGAUUGUAAUAUAGAUAUAAACGAUGAUUUCAUAGAUUGGUCUGAGCCUUGCCACGAGCGAAGUAAGAAGCAAAACAAUAAAGAAGUAAAAUCGAAGCUUAAAAAAAAUAAUGUGGAACAUGGAAAAUUCACUGGUAAUUAUAAAAAUGAUGGUGUUAGUGGAGAGUUUGAUGGCUCAACAUAUCCACAUUCGCAAGAAAUGUUAAAGAUUUUUCGACAGAAAUUUGGCUUGUAUACAUUUAGGCCGAAUCAGUUGCAAGCUAUUAACGCAACACUACUGGGAUUUGAUUGUUUUGUUUUAAUGCCAACUGGAGGCGGAAAAUCUCUUUGUUAUCAAUUACCUGCACUUUUAAGUGUUGGAUUAACAAUUGUUAUCUCACCGCUGAAAAGCCUUAUUUUAGAUCAAGUUCAAAAACUUAUCUCACUUGAUAUUCCUGCAGCUCACUUAUCCAGUUCUCUAACGGACAAUCAAGCAGAAGCGGUCUACAGAGAACUUUCGAAAAAGGAACCCGCUCUCAAGAUAUUAUACGUAACGCCAGAAAAAAUUUCCGCCUCGCAAAAGUUUUGUAAUACUCUGACCACUUUAUACGAGAGAGAAUUGUUGGUAAAGUUUGUCAUCGACGAAGCACACUGCGUCAGUCAAUGGGGUCAUGAUUUUAGGCCUGAUUACAAAAAACUUAGGUGCCUCAGGGAUAAUUAUCCUAAAGUGCCAACAAUGGCUCUGACUGCCACAGCUACACCGCGCGUUAGAACAGAUAUUUUGCAUCAAUUGGGUAUGACUAAUCCUAAAUGGUUUAUGUCGAGUUUUAACAGGCCCAACCUAAGAUACAGUAUAAUCUCUAAGAAAGGAAAAAAUUGUUCCGAUGAAGUUGUGGCUAUGAUAAUGACAAAAUUCAAAAAUACUUGCGGUAUUGUAUAUUGUUUAUCGCGCAAGGACUGUGACGAUUACGCUGCUCAAAUGAAGAAAAACGGCAUUAAAGCGUUGAGUUAUCACGCGGGACUUACUGACAAUCAAAGAAGCAACUGUCAAGGAAGAUGGAUUUCUGACGAAGUGCAUGUUAUAUGCGCGACCAUAGCUUUUGGAAUGGGCAUUGAUAAACCAAAUGUGCGCUUCGUGAUACACGCAGCCUUGCCAAAAUCCAUAGAAGGCUAUUAUCAGGAGAGUGGCCGCGCUGGUCGUGACGGCGAAAUAGCAGAUUGUAUUUUAUUUUAUAAUUAUACAGAUAUGCACAGAAUCAGAAAAAUGUUCGAAUUCGAUAAUCCAAAUCCACAAGUCAUGAGCACACACAUGGACAAUUUGUUUAAGAUGGUGGCAUUUGCGGAAAAUACCACGGAUUGUCGUAGAUCACUGCAGCUUAAUUAUUUCGGAGAAAUAUUUGACAGACAAGAAUGCAUUUCAUAUAAAGCAACUGCAUGCGAUAAUUGCAGGAGCAAGGAGGAAAUUACAAUGUUGGACGUAACGGCGGAUGCAAAGGAGAUCAUGAAGGCUGUACGAGAUAUCAACAAUAGAAAGAAUAGCAAACUUACAUUAGUAUUUUUAACAGACAUUUUUAAGGGCAGUGAUCUCAAAAAGAUUCGCGAAUCAGGUCUUACGAAACAUUUCUUAUACGGCCGUGGUAAAUCGUGGAACAAAUGCGACAUAGAACGCCUUUUGCACUACAUGGUACUACAAGAAUAUUUGCAAGAGAAUAUGUAUAUUAACAAUGAGAUUGCUUGUGCAUAUGUAAAAAUCGGACCGAAAGCGAGUGAACUCAUGACGAAAAAAGAUGCAAAGAUAGAAAUCCCGAUAAGACAUUCGAAUAAGUCUACAAGCGGUGUGGCCACAGUUUCAACAGUUACAAAGGAAGUCAAUGGAAUUAUUAAGGAAUUACAAGAUCGUUGCUAUGUCGAGUUGAUGACAACAAUAAGAGGGAUUGCUGACACUCUGGAUGUUUCUGCUUCCUCUAUCAUGAAUAUGGUGGCUGUCAGAGCGAUGAGCCAGCGUUUACCUGAGACUGAAGAAGCCAUGUUACAAAUACCGCAUGUCACUAAAGCUAACUUUGUUAAAUAUGGCAAACUUCUUUUAGAGGCUACGCAGAGAUAUGCGGCAGAAAAAAUUGUAUUGUUAAAUGAGGGCAAUGAUGAAGAACAGGAUAGUGUUGACAAUGAUGAUGAUAACACCUGGAAUGAUGAUAGCUUUAACAAUAGUAGUAGUACUAGUAAUCGCCGUGGCAGGAAACGAAAGAUUGGCAGUCGUUCUAACAGUAUUAAUAAAAGAUAUAAACGAGGUGGCGCAAGUGCACGGAGGGGAAGAGGUUCAUCAAAAAGUUCAACAACAAAAUAUAAUGCAACUGUGAAUAAUGCAAAAAAAGUUGUGGGUCUCGCAAGUUUUAGUCAAUCAAAACAUUACCUUGCACAUCCUAACAGAUACUUGAACAUUAAUUAAUUGAUUUUUCUAUUUCCUUCAUAAAUUAUUUUAGGACUCUGUGAUGAGAUAGGCAUUUCCGUACAAAUCUCGAGAUUAAAGUAUCUGAAUAUUCUAUGUGGCGUUUUAGCCAUUCUAUAAAUUAAAAAAAUCUCUACAGUCAAACUACAUUAUAUUUAUAGUUUGUAAGUAU